AUGGAUAAAAACAAGUAUUUAAGCAGUUAUCAAUUACUUAUUAACAAAUAUGAAAAACUGUUAUCCCCAUUUGGGCAAAAAGUUAUGCUUUCUUUAAUUAAUAUAAAAAAUGAUGUUGAAAACAGGAGUUCUAAAUGUAUUAAUAUUAAUAUAAAUCAGUCAGCUCGGUCUCGAAACAAAAAAGUUAUAAUAUUUAAUGAUUCCAAUGAUACGUCAGCCCCUCCUAUAACAAAUGACUCUGAUGUUAAUGAUGAAGACGAAACUUUUAACAUUCAAGAUCAAAAAAAUGAUCUACCAUCAGUGUCCAAAUCUGUAGAUUUACUCAAAACACUUGAUAAAAAUACUUCUGAUUUAGUAAAUAAACCUUUACAAGUCAUCGAAAAUAAUAUAACUGGUGAUAACAUAGCAUGCCCAUCUCAAAUAGAAACAAAUAGAUUAGAUAAAGAAAAAUCAGAUGGUAUACCAGCGCUUAGUAGAGGAGUAUCUUGGAAUGAUAUUUUUGAUAGUGAAAUAUUUCAAGAUCUCGAAGAUUCUGAUGAAGAUAUUGACAAAACUAUCAUUAACUGUAAACCAAAUACAAAUCAAACUAAUAAUAAACAGGUUUAUAUGCAUAUUAAUAGCACAGAUGAAAAAGAACAAUAUAUUAGCGAUAGUUGUAACCAAAAUGAAGAUGAUAAUAGAAAGCGUAAGAAUACUAUAAAAAUGAAACCGCCUAAAAAAGUAAAAACUUCAGAACCGAAGAAAACAAGUACGUAUCGAAAAGAGAAGUAUACGAAAACGGUUAAAAAUUGGUUAAACGAUGUCGAUCCUACCAAUACAGUGGAAGAAGAUAUUCUAGAACAUGGUCACAUGAAGUCAGUUUCCAAUUUUAACUUUAAUUACACUGAAAAAGUGGUUAAUGAAAGAAAUGACGUUGAGAACAAAAAUGAAUUAUCUCCUAAAACAAAGAAACAAAAGCGAAUCAUUCAAGCGCAGCUCGCUAAUAAAGAUGGUAUUAUGAAAUUUAGAAAACCCAAUGAACCUAAAGAAAACCUAAAGGACAAUGUCAACUUAGAUUCUAAAUAUAACGAUUACGACACAAAUAUGAAUAUCGUUAAAGAAACUGAUAAAAAAUCGAUAUCAAAAUCCAAAGAAAAGAAAGCUAAAGCUCCUAAAUUUAUCGCUCCUAUAAAAUCGCAGAUACCAGUGAAAGAUGUAACGUUUGGAGUUAUAGUUAUCGAUGAUAGUAAUUUUGAUACUAUCAAGUAUAAAUUGGAAGCAAUUAUGAACGGUGAAAUUAAUCUAAUUUUAGUAUACAGCGAAUAUCUUCGUAAUAUUAUGACGAAUAAUAGGAUAAUAGGUUACGAUGCCAAAGUGGUACUUAUAUAUAUGUUGCGAGAGUUCGGACUGUCGUUACACGAUUUAAAUAUUGUAGAUGUGAAGAUUGGUGCUAGUUUAAUAGAUCCAGACAAACCACCAGAGAGCUUCUAUCAAGUACAGAAGCUUCUAGAAUACUCUCCGAAUUACACCAUAGCCACUGAAUGUGCUUUGCAAAAGACUUCUUGGUAUAUAACUCAAUUGAAUGAAUGUGCGGUCAAAUUGACGAAAUAUUUGGAGGAGAACGGUUUGUGGAAGGUGUUUAACGACAUUGAAAUGCAAGUUUUGCCGAUAGUCGCAGAGAUGGAAUUUCACGGUGUAGCGGUAGAUGUAGACAAACUAAAGUCAAUGGAAGGCAUAUUACUAAAGCGUAUGAAGGAGAUUGAGGCAGAGUGCUACAAGGCCGCAGGCAAGACCUUCCAGAUAAACUCUACAGUCCAAGUCAGAAAUAUUCUGUACGAUGAAUUGAAACUAGAUACCAAAUCUAAUGUUAAAAUUAGAGAAACCAUUUGUAAAGGCGCCAAGUCUACUUCAGAAUCUAUGUUGCGCUCAUUGCUUGAUGUCCAUCCAUUGCCGAAGUUGAUUUUAGAGUAUCGACACUUGCACAAAGCACACGCAACCUUCCUCAGCGGAAUAGCGACACAAGUCAGGGACGGUGUCGUGUAUCCCACUUGGGACCAAACCGCGGCGGCGACGGGCCGCAUGGCGUCCAACAACCCCAACUUGCAGGCCAUACCUAAAUUACCUUUCAACCUGGUCCUGUUUCCCGAACACGGUAGCCCACAACAGCAAAGCAUGAACUUCCGGUCGGUGUACGUGGCGCGCGCGGGCCGCGCGCUGCUGGCGGCGGACUUCCGGCACGUGGAGUGCCGCGUGCUGGCGCUGGCCGCGGCCGACGCGCGCCUGCAGGCCGCGCUCGCCGCGCCCGACCUGUUCCGCGUGCUCGCCGCCGACUGGCUGGGCAAGCCGGAGCGCGAGGUGUCCGGCGAAGACCGGGAGCGCACCAAGCGCCUCGUGUACGCGAGCCUGUACGGCGCCGGCACCAGGAAGCUCAUGGAGAUACUGAACCUCGGCUACGAUCAGGUCCUCUCCAUCAUGACGAGUUUUCAUAGAACAUAUCCGUGCCUGAAGAGUUUCGGUAAUCGGGUGGUGUCAGAGUGCUCCCGCAGCGGCGGCCGCGUGGCGACGGCGAGCGGGCGCGCGCGCCGCCUCGCCGCCAUCGCCGGCGCCGGCGCGGCGCGCGCGCACGCCGAGCGGCAGGCCGUCAACUUUGUCAUUCAGGGUAAGAGGGGAGAAUAUUAUAUUGUAAAAGUAUAUGUAAUUAAUGCCUACGUCGCUUUCAGCCAUAUU